AUGGAGGCCCUAUUUCCUGUGCUGAAGAGUCACCCGGCCCAGUCAGUGCUGGUGUGCUCUCUGCUUUUCAGGGUGGUCCACAGGUUGCUGCAGAGGCUGCCAGUGCCCAAAGUGGUGAGGCAGGAUGAGUACCGCUCCUGGAAGUGGAGAAACCUCUCUGUGUCCAUGGUGCACUCACUGCUGACUGGGACAUGGGCCUUGACCUGUGUGGUGGUUUGGCCGGAGACGCUGAGCAACAUCUACACUUACCACACCUCGCUAUCCUACCUGCUCGUCUGCGUUUCAACAGGAUACUUUGUGCAAGAUGCAGGUGAUAUUAUCCUGACAGGACAUGCAAGAGGAUCGUGGGAAUUCUUACUCCAUCAUGCACUGGUGGUCUGGUGUUUCCUGUACGCUCUCUACACUCAGCUGUAUGUAGCUGGCGCUGUAAUCGCUCUCUUUGUAGAGGUCAACAGCGUCACCCUGCACCUGAGGCUGAUGCUGAAGCUGUCGGGAGAUCAGUCGUCCUCCAUGUACCACAUCAACAAACUCGCCAACCUCUUCACCUACACCACUUUCCGUCUGUGCACCCAGUUCUACCUCACCUGGUACAUCGUCAACAAUUAUUCCUGGCUGAACCAUAGCGGAUACUUUCUCGCCACCAUGAUCGUGAUGAAUAUUAUGAUCCUGAUUUAUUUCUACCGCUUGCUUCGUGCAGACUUCUUCCCUCAGAGUAAGAGCUAUGCGGGACAGAACGGGACGCAUAAUAACAACUCUAAGAAGUUUCUUAGUGAGUGAAUGGAGGCGGUUUACAGGACUGCAAGAGAGCAAUACACAAUUUAGUUUUCUAUUUAGGGUGGGAGUUCACACAUUUUGUCUUUCUCAAACCAUAACUGACAGCAUUCCUCAUGACGACAGGCUCCCUUGUUGUAUCGCGUCUUACUGCCAAAGAAAACAUAAACCCAAACACCUUUCUGUGGAACGGGCUGCUGCCGUGUUAAUGUGAUGCGUUCCAGAGCUGUUGGAAAGUCAAAAAUUAGGCUUUUCACAGGGAAAAAAUACAAUGCAAUAGCGCUUUAAAUUAAGCUAAAAUUUCUAGGUUUGCAUAAUUUCUCAAACCCUUAACAUUGUGUUCCUAUUUUUAGCAUAUUAAAGAUUCAUUUUCAGCGCCAAGAGUAGCUUGACAUUUUGGGAAAUAGGCUUAUUCAUUUUCUUGCAGAGAGUUAGAUGAGAAGGUCAAUACCACUCAUUGUUGUGAGAGUGGCAUCAAUCUUCUCGUUAAACUCUUGGCAAGAAAGUGAAUUGAAGUAACUUUACUUCCCAUAACCAGACUUUAAUCCAUCAAACAACCUGCAUGAAACACACUCAUUUGAAAUGUGAAAAAGCAUUUUUGCCGUCACUAACAUUGUUUGCUGACAGCCUAGCUACU